GUCCAGUGAAAUAGUGCACGACAGCCUGCAAAGACGCGCAUGAAUCUCCCGCAGCUGUGAAGCGGCCGUUAGCGGCACUUCCUGGAGACGCUGUGACCUCCGCGUGAACUUCCGGUGCAGGAAACCUACAUCCGAGGAGGCGGAGGCACGGAGGCCAGCAGCGACGACGCCACAUCAUUUGUUUAUUGUUUGUUUGACGGUCUGUUCUUCCACUGGAGCCAAUUUAAAGCUCUCCUAAAACGGACAAGACAGAUAAAUUCUCCAUUUCCCAGACCAACGGGUCUGGGUGAUGCUCAGGAUGCCGGGUCAACUGGACAACCUGAAGUCCAGAAAGAGGAAGAGCAACUCCAGAAAGGCAUCUUCUACAAAAAAGAAGAGUCACAGACGCACCUCGGCAGCGUUGGACACCAGUUGUGUGGUCCGAGGCUCCAGCACGGACAGACUUUCCAGCAUCAGCUGUGAGUGCCACCAGUCUGCCGGCAGGAGGUGCUCAGGUUCUCCAGAGCCGGAGAACCUGGAGGGGAAGGAGAAUGAGCGGAGGAUGGGGCUGGACCUAGACAGCUGCAGAGUGUACAGCUACAAAUACGUCACAGACCUCAUGGACUACGAAGACAACAGCAAGAACCUAUUCCCAGAUGACGACAGUAACCAGAUUCUGCCUGUGGAACACUUCUUUGGGAACUUGGAUGCUUUACAGGAUUUCCCUCAGAGAUCAGCAGCAGCGUCGACCCGUGUGCAGAAAGGCCACAGGAGGAGACAUUACUACGCACCAGAGGACAGCGACCAGGACGAGGGGGAGCACAGCAGCAUGCAGCAGGAGUCCAGAGGGGGGGGGCCUGCUGAAGAGCAGCUGCACCAGGACUGUGGACGGAUCCUGCUGGUACACUCACACUGAUGGUGUUCAGAGUUGGACAGAUGACAUCCUCCACUUUCAAAUGUACAUACUGUUAACAAACUGCACACCAGUGCACUGACUGAUGGCAAUCACCACCACGUCCAUCUGUUUUACAAUGUGUGUGUGUGUGUUUGAGAAUCACCAGGUGCUUACACAUGCAAUUUGCAGCCUGUAAACUCUGACGAAAACCGUCCAAAUGCCCAAAAAAAACUCAUUCCUCACCCAAAACAUGUGGUCUGAGCUGUAACAUUUAGGGUUGGGCAGUAUGAACAAAAACUAAAUGUUUUGAAAGUGUUCCUCCUGACUGAGCGUUCCAGUCCAGUUUGUCCUGUGCUGACAUCACAUCCACACAAACAUGGAUCAGGUCUUUGCCAAACGUAUUGCCUAGCCCUACUGCCACUGUCUGUACAUGCACAACAUAUUCCAGGUUUGUUCUGAAAGGGAACAUUCCGAGUAUGCUUGGCUACUGAAAAUAUGUAUUCCACCAAAAUUCCUGUUGAUAUUCAUCCAAUAACAGAGUCAUUAGAACUAGAGAAAGCCCAGGUCAUAUGGAUAUUCUGCAUCUACUGAAUAAACGUCCAAAGAACUGGUAUAAAACUGAACAUUUGAUAUAUGGAGUAUCCUGUGUACAUGACCGGCAUCACACUGACAAUCCUGUCAAAUUUGGAACAAUAGUGGAAUAUGAAUGCGCAUGUGAAUGUAGUGUUGAAUUCCGAAAUGGGAUGAGUCUGUCCACUUGAGGGGAACGUGUAGUUGAGCUUGUUUUCUUAUUUAUUGACUUUCUGAGGCUGUGUUCACAGCACUUGAAUUUAAUGCUGUAAAUUCUCUGCAAAUGUCCAUAUUUGUACAAAACUAAAUAGAAUGAUGCAGUUUGAGAAAAACAAAGUUGAAUACAAAGACGUCACUUUAAAAUAGUUAUUUUUCUGCUAAAAAGCUUUACAUGUCAGAGCAGUGGAAAUGCCACGUCAUGUUCAGAUGGAAUAAACGGGGUGAAGAGCAGACUGACCAAAGAGCAGCUCCGAAGCAGGACUUUCAGAUCCAGUUCUACGAGGAUUUAAUGUCAGCAGGAGGGUUAGGGUGAGAGGCUGAAAGUGUUAACAUGAGGAAGACUUUUCCAUCAGUGAUGAUCAUCACCAUCAGUGGGUCUGAAGCUUAAAGGGUGAGUUUCAUCCUCAGUCAAAGUUGAUGUGAAACUUCUUUAUGGCAGUGCAUAAAACAUUCAUACAUACAGAGAACUAGAGGCAAAAACACAGUUACAGAAGUACAGCACGUCAUUUUAUGUGUGAAAUUUGAUAGAAAAUAUGAAAGUACAAAAGGCAGCAUCAAAAACUAUUCACUCUGACACGUCUUGGAAUAUUGAGCUUUUUUCUCAAAGACAGUUACAGCUUUUGUUGUAAUUUCUAUCUUGUAAUAUUGCUUUUUUUUUUUUUUUUACCCCCAGUGGUACAACUCUUAUUUUCAAAAAGACAGUUUUUUUCCACAGUGCAGUCCUCCGACUCCUUUGAACAUUCAUAACAUGAUAAAAAUAGUCUGUUUCAUAAACUGUCGAACUGGUCUUGACUGUUUUCUAUCUAAACACUGAAUCAUUUAGUGUUGUAGCUCAACACAAAAUGACUUCAGAUGUUUAUGGUGAUGAUUGUCAUUCUCUUCAUCCUGCACUCAGCAGGUGUCAUUCAUUUAACAGCACAUCUGUGGCAGCUGGAAAAAAGUAUCAGUACACACUUAAGACAUUUACCAAAAUUCUGUUCAAGAUUGUACAACUUUAAAAGAAAAAAAAAAAAAAAAAAGAGUAAAAACACUGAUUUUGCAACGUACUAAGUGAACUGUGGAAAACCUAACUGAUACUUAGAGAAUCCAAGCCUGAGGUUCACAGUCAUUUGCACAACCAUUGUUAAAUUUUGUAUUUUCUGAUCCAAUCAGAUGUUUUCUAUAUUUUUACUGCCUUUGAGCUCAUGCCUUAUUUAUACAAGCGCUUCAUACUCUGCUAUGCAAUUGUUGGACUGAGUAAAUGUUUCAUUGUAUUCAGACAAUGCAUCAAUGUCAUGACAAUGUCAUUACUGUGCCAACAUGGGAACAAAUAAAUGGCUUUCGUGA